AUGUCUUCUUACGCUGAGUCCUGGAUCAAGUUUGAAGAGUCUCUGGGUGGCGUUCGCCCGGUCUUAAAGGGCUCCGCGGAAGAAAUGAGAGAUCAGUUCAGCGGUCUCGGCUCUAUCCUUGCAUCACAAGCUCCUCCUUUUCCAGAGAAUAAGUUGAAGAUCAGUGAUGGAGAAGUAGGUGGGAUUGCAUAUCGGACCUACACGCCUCUUGACUCUGAGACCAAGAAACUCCCUAUUGGUGUUUUCUAUCACUCUGGUGGUUUUGUUGUGGGAGGCGUUGACUCUGAAGAUGGCUUUUGCCGAUAUAUCGCACUCAAGGCCAACGUGGUUAUUGUAAACGUUGGUUAUCGAUUGUCUCCAGAACACAAGGCUCCAGCUCAUUUAGAGGAUGCUGUCAGUCUUUACGAAUGGGCCUUUAACAACGCUCAAAGAAUUGGCGGCAAUCACUCUAAUAUGUUUACCAUUGGCACAUCCGCUGGCGGCUGUCUUGCCCUUGCAGUUGCCAGAAAGGUGAUCCUUGGUCAAACUAGUCUUCCCACGGAUGCUAUCACUGGAGCUGUUGCACUAUGCCCAGUAGCAUUCCACCCACAAAACAUCCCAGCAAAGUUCCAGGCGAAACACUCGUCCUACAAGGAGAACAAAGAUAACGUACCUAUAGUCGAUGAGGAAUCACUUCUCCAGAUGUUCGACAACACAGAUAUUGACCUUGAAGACAAGGAUUACUUUCCACUGCUGGAUGAUACAUGUUUGAAGGUGUUCCCUCGAACAUACAUCGUGACAUGCGGCAUGGAUACACUACGGGAUGACGGAAAGGUUCUCUAUGAUAGCCUCUCUUCUGCGGGUGUGGCUACCAAAACUAACCACUACGGCAAUAUGCCUCACUGUUUCUGGAUAGUUCCAUCUCUACCUGAGACUGAGGUGUUCUUGAACGGGGUAAUAAGCGGCAUCAAUUGGGCUAUUAAAACCAGUGAUUAG